AUGACAGCAGAGCCUGCAGGCUUGCUGGUGGACAGUGGUCGAGUCCAGGAACUGGUGGAGGAACACUUGGGGAACUGCCUAUGGAGGAACUGCACCAACUUCUGGCUGCCAGCAGAGAAUGGCAGUGAGGAGCUUUCUGAACGGGUCCUGGAAAAUGAGAAAUCUGUAGGGAAGCUAAAGGAGGUUAUUUCAAUGAAUGCCUCAGAAUUUUCCAAGCUACAGCAGGAAGUUGAAGACCAGAAGAAGCUGAACGCUAAACUCAGCCAGCGAAUCAGGUCGUUGGAAAAGUCUCAGAGGGAUCUGGAAGCCACUCUCCAUGAUAAGGAUGAUAGCAUUGGUGCUCUGAACAACUGCAUCAUGCAGCUGAACCGGUUGGAGGAGAGGGGAUCAGAAUCUGAGGGUCGAGGUCCAGGCAGAUGUGAGCCAGGUGAAUUAGCCAAAGGAGAAGUGGGAGGUGGGGAAAAUAAGAAGGCUCACAUGCACCAGCUGAUGGAUGUCUCCCGGAAAGAUCUCCAACUCCUGGAGUUGAAGCUGAGAGCCUCCCUGUCUGCCAAAUGUGAUCUGGAAGACCAGAUCGUGAAGCUAGGUGAGGACUGCGGCAGGCUGCAGGCGGACAAGGCCCGGCUGGAGGAGGAGUUUAGCAUGCUGCAGCAGAAGGUGGAGGUCCUGAAGGAGCUGUCCCACCAGAAGGAGCUGGAGCUGCAGAAGAUACUGAGUCAGGCGGAAUGUGCACAGCAGCAGCGAGAGCAGGCGCUGAGGGCUGUGGAUGAGAAGGUGGUGCCGGCCACAGAGGAGGUGAAAAUCUACAAGUGAGUGUGGCGUCCGAGAAAGAGGAACUGGGCUGAGUUGCUUUGUUACAUAGAAGAGAUGGGCACAGAAGCACAUGAGAAGCCCAAGAAUGGAAUGUAUUUAACUCACACGGGGAGGGGUUCUACAUUAACAGACCAAGGCUUGUUAACAGCGAAGCUCCUUUGCAGAUGUGUCCUGUGCCCAUUUUUAGGAAGUCGGCCUGCUUCUGUCACACGUCUACACCCACCAGAGUCUCAGUGC